GUUUGAAGGAGGCGGUGGCCAAUAGACGUGCGGGGCGGUUGGCGCAGCAGCGCGAAGGCUCCAGCCGGGGAGAGGCGCGGGAUGGAGGCGCAGGAAGAGCGGCAAAGAAAGCUCCAGGAAUACUUAGCUGCCAAAGGAAAGCUGAAAUGUCCCUGUGCCAAGCCCUAUUUAAAAGAUUCAGCCAGCCAGCGGAUUCUCCAGGAACCCCCACUUUGGAAACCGGGAGCAGUCACUGGACCCCGGGUUGUCCCCCCGAAAUGGCCCAUCCGCAUCCAGAGAGAGACUGGGCCCCCUUCCAGAGCUGCAAAGCCAGCAGGUCAUGCUCUUCAACACAGUUCUGUGGGCAUCCCUGUCUCCCAGGGCCCAAAAUCCAGGCUCAUGAAAUGCCUGAGAAAGGAUCAGGGCCCCCUCGCAAAGCCACCCAACCCAGACCACUGCAAUCCGUCCACGAGGACAAUGGCAUUUUCCACCCGUCGCCCCUUGUAUCCAACGCAGGAGACUGCCAAGGCUGUGAAGCUACAUCAGAGGGCUGGAGAGUCAGAUGGAGGCAGGGGCCAUCCCUCCACUCAGAUGGGUAAAGAAAACCUCAACCUCCCUGCUUCAGAGUUUGGCAGCAGGGGGGCAUCUGGUCUGGAGAGCAGAACUCGGGCAAGGACCGGAUGUAAAGACAUAGCUCCCACCAUCACAAGGGGUCGUGGGAGGCUGAAAGCCAGUGGGAACAGCCGACCCACUGGACAGGCAUGUGAUGAAGCUGGGAAACCCCCUCCUGGCUUGACUGUGGUGCAGCAUCAGAUCUCAACUGCUUCUAGGACUCAGCUGUUCAAGGGACCAAGGGUAUUAAAAGGGGGGCAUGAUCCCAGCCUCUCAAAGCCCCAGCCAAUGGCAGGGAGACCACUGGAGAGGCAACAUGCAGAGCCCUUGAGAGCCUUGGGGAAACUCAGGCCUCUGGCUACAGCUGGGAAGGAUCUGAAGCUGACGAGGUCUCCCAGAAAGCCCCAAGCCUUGGAGAAGCUCCCCUUGACACAACCCAAAGCAGCUUCUCAAGUGGGGAGGCCUCGUGGCCCCAUCACCUGCCCCACGGUAAUGGGGAGAGGGAAGCAGAAUGGUUUGGAUGCCAAGCGAGUUCCUCAGCCCAGACCUGGUGCCCCAAGGAACUGUACCACACCCCACACCUCCGGGGCUCAAAUCAGGGCCAGCCUGCCUAAGAGGAGGAGCAGCACUGGUAGGAGUCAAGCCCGCCGGGUUCCCAAGGCCCCCACCCCGGCCAAUCGCAAGAAACAGCUGGAGGAGUGGCUGGCAUCCAAAGGCCGAGCAUAUAAGCGGCCACCCAUGACGUUGUCCACAAAGAAAUUGGCAAAGAAGCUCCACCAGUCCUUCUGGGAUGACAUCAAGGAGGAAGAGGAGACCCGGGAGCAGAUGGACUUUGCGGGCAAGAUCCACAGCGCCGUUAGCCAGUGCCUGAAACACAUUGAGGAGGGUCUCCCAGCCAGCAAAUUCUUCACCCAGCUAGCCCAGGUUCCAGAAGCAGAGAGGUCAGCCAGGUUCUGGAUCUGUAAAGCCAAGAUGCUGGCCCGGGAAGGCAGCUUUGAUGUGACGGAGUUGUACGAGGCAGCUGUGCGGGCCGGAGCUGAGCCCAUCCAGGAGCUGCGGGAGGUGGUUGUCGAUCUCCUGAAGCAGAGGGACAAGAAAUCUCAAGGGAUCCCUGCAACCCCCGGCCCUGAGGUUCAGGUGCCCACAACCCCUUGCCCUGGCCAGAGCCAGCCAGCGGUGACUACCCCCUGUGUCACUUCGAGACACUUGCCAGUCUCUACCAUCAAGCUGAAGGUCGUGCCAACACCCAGAGCCUCAGCACCCAAUGUGCAGCUCCUGACACCAGUGCGGCGGUCCCUACGCAUCGAGCACACCAUGGCCAGCUACCCCAACAUGCUCCGGGACCAUGACCUCGUGGUCUCCUCCCUGGCUGAGAUUGCAGGGGGCCAUAUUGUCAUCUGCAAGAACCAGGCCCUGCCCGAGGAUGUUGAACUGGAGAUCCUGGGCCUGGGACAAUGAAGGCUUCCUCCCCCAGAGCACAUGGCCACUGCUUGCCUCACAGCCCCUGACAGGGGUAGAUGCCAAUCAACAUGCAAUUAACCUAUGAGAACUUGGCACACAGGGAGCAGUUUUGUCUGGCAGGCAGAACUUGGGACCCUUGAGUCCUGUCCUUGGUCCUGCAUACAAAGCCCCUGGCCUGGGCCUCAGUCUUCCCAUCUGUGAAAUGAGUGCAAGGAGGCAUGUUUUUGCAAGGUGUAGACAGGAAAAGCAUCUUGUUUCCUCUGAAAGGCAGCCACAUCUUUCACUGGAUGCUUUCCCCACCCCUGUGCUCCUUGAAAAGGGGCUUCUGUGGGGUGGAGGGGGAAGAUGUCUACUGUCAUCCUAUGCUGGGUUGAAGGAUCCUGCAGCCCUGGCUACUGGUAUAUCCCCUCCCUGGUGAUGGUGCUGACCAGGUGUAACCUAAAGAAUUGCAAGGUGCCAGCCCUGCACCCUCAUAGGAAGGUCACCCCCCCCACCACGAAGGUGCAUGUGCAUGCACACACUCCAAAGGCAGAUCCAGCCUAGGGAGAUCCAGCAUUAACUCCUUCACUACCAGCAGCUCUAGCUCAGACGUGUGCAAAGCUUCUUCUCUUAUUAAACCAACCUGAUCCACAGCUGGCAGCUUCUGGAAUUUACAGUGAGGAGCUGAAAAGCCCCAGGUUGGGAUGGGAUGGAUCCAGGGUGGGGGGAAAAGCCAGGGGUAGGGGAUGGAGAUCAAGCAGGCCUGAGGUAACUAGGGGAGGGGCUGUCUGAGAAGAGCCUGAGGGAGUUGUAGGGAGGGAGGAGAGACCCCCAUGCUGGGAGGGUUUGGACAGGGCCAUGGGGCCCUAAGACCCUGCUCUGUGCCCCAUGGCACUGCCUGUCACUGAGGGCCUUUUAAAUCACUGCCCUCCAUGCUGGAUCCAGCGCAAUGCAUGGCUGAUUUGUGCAUCUGGGUCCCAAUCCUGGCUUUAAUCUGUGCUGGAGGGGCUGCAUCUCCCCCUCUCUUCUGCCACUCUAUUCACCAGCACCAUAAACUAGGCACCUGUCUCCCCCACAAAGGUCUGAAGGCAUCUGUGUGCCUCCCAUCCUGGCAUUCAGAUCACCCAGAGUUGAUGUCUGUCCACCCAGGCUAGACCCUGUGGGACUGGUAGCAGCUGUGGGCAGGAAGCAGAGCCCAGCAUGGGCUCCCAAGGAGUCCAGCCGCUUUCCCUGGAGGGGAUUAGACCUGUCUGAAGACACCCAGAGAAGGGUCUGGCUCACCCACAACAGGGCAACGCAAAGGAUCCAAGGCCUGGAGCUCCAGCCAGGCCAAGAGAGACUUAAGGCCAGGACACAUGGGGUAGAAUGGAGAAGGCUGAGGAACAAGAGGAUGGAGGUCUCUAGCAUCAUGCAGGCUGUGGACCAAGUGACCAGGGAGCCGCUGUUCAAGUCCUAGGACGCUGGAAAUGGGCUGAAAUGGGCUGGAGCUGGGGUUCAAACCAGCCAGAGAAAGGUCUUUAUAAGCAACACAUCAUUCAUGGGUGGAAUUCGUUGCUGCCAGAGGCAAUCAGGGCAGAAAGUGCACCAGGGAUGUACAUGGAGGACCCAUCUGAAAGGCUGGUGACCAGAGGGGUGGGAGAUGUUUACUCUAACCCAGUCCAUGGUGGAUGCCAGAGAGGGUGCUGAACAGGGCAUGGAUCACUAAAGAUACCUGGUUCAAUGCUCUCAAGAGCAGCCACCCCUGCCACUGUGGGAGAUGGACCCUCCAGAUCCCUAGCAGGUCCUGCUCACCUGCCCUGGGUCAUGCCAGAGCCCUGACACAGAGGCUGUGCUCCCCUCCACCUGCCCCGAGGAAGGCAGCUCCCAAGCCCAUAUUGUUCUAUGGGGCUGGGCUCCGAUCCCCAGCACAAGACCCCUGCCCUGGGGCACUGCCCUUUCCAUGGGGUGGGGGAGUGCUGGAGGACAGUGGGGAUCCAGUUGGCAAAGAUCUCCCCCUACCCCACUGCAGAACCCCCCAUGCAGCCUCACACCAGCUCUGGGGUGGGCUACAAUCACCCCCUCCCACCCAGACAGAGCUAGGCCAGCAAGAGCCCUAGUGUAGACAGCUCUGCUGCUGGCUAGGCCCUUAACUAUUCCCCCCCAGCUGAUCCCGCA